AUCUCCUCCCACCAAUAAUUGCUUACCCCCAACAAACGACACCGUUUAGACGAUCGCACAGUAGACAAAACCACACCGUUCAACCAAAGUCAACGAAACAAAUCUCCAAACUUUCCUAAUGGGCUCCGCCGGAAAACCCGAAGAAGACAUCUCAACCGACCCGGAAACAGGACCCGAGACUUCCCCUCUCCUCCACCACAACCGAUCAACCUCCAAAGCCCCUCAAGACACCUUCCACUUAGCCUACAUAAUCUACUUCACCCUCGGCGUCGGCUUCCUCCUCCCAUGGAACUCCUUCAUCACCGCCGUCGACUACUUCUCCUACCUCUACCCCUCCACCUCCGUCGACCGCAUCUUCUCCGUCGUCUACAUGCUCGUCGGCCUCUUCUGCCUCCUCGUCAUCGUCGUCUUCUACGCCCACAAGAGCCUCGCUAGCUUCAGGAUCAACCUCGGCCUCUCGUUAUUCGUCGUCUCCCUGCUCGUGGUCCCCGUCUUGGAUCUCGUCUACGUCAAAGGGAGGGUCGGGUUGUACGUUGGGUUUGAUAUCACCUCCGUCGCCGUUGGUCUCUCCGGUCUCGCCGACGCGCUUAUGCAGGGUGGGUUGAUCGGUGUUGCUGGUGAGAUGCCUGAGAGGUAUACUCAGGCUGUUAUCGCCGGAACUGCUGGCUCCGGUGUUCUUGUGUCUCUGUUGAGGAUCUUGACUAAAGCAGUGUAUCCACAAGAUCCUGAUGGAUUGAGAAAAAGCGCGAAUCUUUACUUCGUUGUGGGGAUUGUUGUGAUGGUGAUCUGUGCUGUUUCCUACAACCUAGCUCACAAGCUUCCAGUGAUCAAGUUCCAUGCAGAGCGUAAGGCUCAGGUACUCAAAGAGAGUCAAGAGAACGGUUCUAUGACUGGACCUAUGUGGAGGAAGACGCUUUGGCAGAUCGUGACUAGGAUCAAGUCUCAUGGCUUCGGGAUUGUGCUUAUAUACAUUGUCACGCUGUCCAUAUUCCCUGGAUACAUCACUGAGGAUGUUCAUUCUGAUUUUCUCGGAGAUUGGUUCCCUGUCCUGCUCAUUGCAGCUUUCAAUGUCUUUGACCUUGUUGGGAAGUCGUUGACUGCUGUUUACAUGUUCACGGAUGAGAAGAUUGCGGUUGGUGGGUGCAUUGCUAGGCUGUUGUUUUACCCUCUCUUCUGGGGAUGCUUGCACGGUCCGAUGUUUCUGAGGACCGAGAUACCUGUAGCGUUGCUGACGUGCUUGUUGGGGCUUACUAAUGGGUACUUGACAAGUGUUUUGAUGAUUCUGGCUCCAAAGUCUGUUCCGUUGAAACACUCUGAGACGGCAGGUAUUGUGAGUGUGUUGUUCUUGGUUAUUGGUUUGGCCUCUGGGUCAGUCUUGGCUUGGUUCUGGGUCAUUUGAUUCUUCUAAGAAUGCUUUGUUUAUUUUUCUGUAUUUGUAUUCUUUAAAGUUUCAAGAAACUAAGCUUUCAUUAAUUUGUGAAUCGUUUGCUUUUUACUUCAUUAAGACUCUUAUUAUACC